AUGGUCGGCGCCUCGAGGAUUGAGACCCCGCUCCUCAAGGUGCCGUAUGAGUCGCUGAAGCGCGCGGCCAAGGACCGCAAGGCCGUGGUGGACGACGCGAGCCGGGUGCUGUCCGACCUGGCGAGCGAGGGGGGCGUGGACCUGGAGAAGAUGUCCAGGGACCAGCGGGUGCAGGCGCUGGACAAGCUGGUCGUGCGGCUGCAGGGCAUCAAGCGCAAGUUGAACGAAAUAUCCAAAACGGAGCAGGAGUGCGCUCACAAGUGCCAUGUUCGGCUGCAUCAUCUUGUCGAACUGGGAGAGCCAGGCGAAGAUCAAGUGGUGGCAUGGAACCUGGAGCGUUUUGACACUAUCUUGGUUGACCACAUGCUUCGAACGGGCUGCCACAACUCAGCAUACUGUCUAGCAAAGGCGUCCAACAUCGAGGACUUGGUGGACGACCACAUAUUUCUGAGUGCUCGGAAGGUGGUGGAAGGCCUGAGGCACCACGACUGCACAGAGGCCCUGGCUUGGUGUGCUGCAAACCAGGUGAAGCUCAGGAAGAACAAGUCCAAGUUGGAGUUCAAGCUGCACGUGCAGGUGUUCAUGGAGCAUGUGCGGCAGGGGUGCAUGCUGGAUGCGAUCGCCUAUGCAAAGAAGCACCUGGCACAAUGGGCACCCCUGUACAUGCAGGAGCUGCAGCGAGCCGUGGCUGCAUUGGCGUUCAGGGACACAACCACUUGUCCAAGGUACCAGGAGCUCUUCGAUGACUCACAGUGGGAUCAAGUCAUCAAUUUGUUCCAUGCUGACCUGUUCAAGCUCAAUUCCCUGACGCCAGAAUCUCUGCUCACUAUUCACUUGCAAGCAGGUUUGUCUGCUCUCAAGACCCCACAGAGCUAUGAGCCUGGCUGCAGUGGGGAGGACCCACUAUACCUGCCAGUCUUCCAGAAGCUUGCUGAGGGGCUGCCAUUUGCAAAGUACGAUCGAUCCAAACUUGUCUGCAGCAUGACUAGGGAGGUCAUGAAUGAGGAAAACCCGCCAAAGGUGUUGCCCAAUGGCUACGUCUACAGCCAAGCUGCCAUCGAUCGGUUGAAAGACAGCAGCGGAAAAAUAACGUGUCCAAAGACAGGGGAUGUGUGUGACGAGUCAGAUGUGCGGCGCGUGUUUGUGAUGUGA